UGGUAACAUGUCGGUCGGCGGUCCCUUUGAGCGGUUGCAGAGAGGGACAUCCUUGUGACAAGCUGGACGCAGGCGGCCGAAAGAAGCCGAAUCGAUCGACGAGGGCGGGUCUGGGUGCUCAGGGCCCCCCGGACGCCGGGCGUGACUGUGGGGACCGUGGGGAGCCGGGGAGAGCUAGGCGCCUGAGACCGGUAAUGCCCUGCAGCCCCCGCGGACGCCGGGAAUCCCAGCCCCGCGGCCAGCUGCAUGCCUUCGACCGGUGCCGAGCCCUUCAGAAUGAACAGGAAGAAAGGAGACAAGGGCUUUGAAAGCCCAAGGCCGUAUAAAUUAACCCAUCAGGUUGUCUGCAUCAACAACAUAAAUUUCCAGAGGAAGUCUGUUGUGGGCUUUGUGGAACUGACUAUAUUUCCUACAGUUGCAAACUUGAAUAGAAUCAAGUUGAACAGCAAACAGUGUAGAAUAUAUCGAGUAAGGAUCAAUGAUUUAGAGGCUGCUUUUAUUUAUAAUGAUCCAACCUUAGAAGUUUGUCACAAUGAAUCAAAACAGAGGAAUCUCAAUUAUUUUUCCAAUGCAUAUGCAGCUGCAGUUAGUGCCGUGGAUCCUGAUGCAGGAAAUGGAGAACUUUGCAUUAAAGUUCCAUCAGAGUUAUGGAAGCAUGUUGAUGAGUUAAAGGUUCUGAAGAUACACAUUAAUUUUUCUUUGGAUCAGCCAAAAGGAGGUCUUCAUUUUGUGGUGCCCAGUGUAGAGGGGAGUAUGGCAGAGAGAGGUGCUCAUGUCUUCUCUUGUGGGUAUCAGAAUUCCACAAGAUUUUGGUUCCCAUGUGUUGAUUCAUACUCUGAAUUAUGUACAUGGAAAUUAGAAUUUACAGUAGAUGCUGCUAUGGUGGCUGUUUCCAAUGGAGAUUUGGUAGAGACAGUAUAUACCCAUGAUAUGAGGAAGAAGACCUUCCAUUACAUGCUUACCAUUCCUACAGCAGCAUCAAACAUCUCCUUGGCCAUUGGACCUUUUGAAAUACUCGUAGAUCCAUAUAUGCAUGAGGUUACUCAUUUUUGUUUACCCCAACUUCUUCCAUUGCUUAAACAUACCACAUCAUAUCUUCAUGAAGUCUUUGAAUUUUAUGAAGAAAUUCUUACAUGUCGAUAUCCAUAUUCCUGUUUUAAGACUGUAUUCAUUGACGAGGCUUAUGUUGAAGUGGCUGCUUAUGCUUCCAUGAGCAUUUUUAGCACAAAUCUUCUACACAGUGCCAUGAUUAUAGAUGAGACACCUUUGACUAGAAGGUGUUUAGCCCAGUCCUUGGCCCAGCAGUUUUUUGGAUGUUUUAUAUCCAGAAUGUCCUGGUCUGAUGAAUGGGUGCUGAAGGGAAUUUCAGGAUAUAUUUAUGGACUUUGGAUGAAGAAGACUUUUGGUGUUAAUGAGUACCACCAUUGGAUUAAAGAGGAGCUAGAUAAAAUAGUGGCAUAUGAACUGAAAACUGGGGGAGUUUUACUACAUCCCAUAUUUGGUGGAGGAAAAGAGAAGGAUAAUCCAGCAUCCCACCUACACUUUUCAAUAAAGCAUCCACAUACACUCUCCUGGGAAUACUACACUAUGUUUCAGUGUAAAGCCCACCUUGUGAUGAGAUUGAUUGAAAAUAGAAUCAGCAUGGAAUUUAUGCUACAAGUUUUCAAUAAAUUACUAAGCCUGGCUAGUACUGCUUCAUCUCAGAAGUUCCAGUCACACAUGUGGAGUCAGAUGUUGGUUUCCACAUCUGGGUUUUUGAAAUCCAUUUCAAAUGUCUCUGGCAAAGACAUCCAGCCCUUAAUAAAGCAGUGGGUAGACCAAAGUGGAGUGGUAAAAUUUUAUGGAAGUUUUGCAUUUAAUAGAAAACGAAAUGUCUUAGAGUUGGAAAUAAAACAAGAUUAUACAUCUCCUGGAACUCAGAAGUAUGUGGGACCACUUAAAGUGACAGUACAGGAAUUAGAUGGAUCCUUCAAUCAUACAUUGCAAAUUGAAGAAAACAGCCUUAAACAUGAUAUACCCUGCCAUUCCAAAAGCAGAAGGAAUAAGAAGAAAAAAAUCCCACUGAUGAAUGGAGAAGAAGUUGACAUGGAUCUUUCUGCAAUGGAUGCUGAUUCCCCUUUGCUGUGGAUAAGGAUAGACCCAGAUAUGUCAGUAUUGAGAAAGGUAGAAUUUGAGCAAGCUGAUUUUAUGUGGCAAUAUCAACUCCGCUAUGAGAGAGAUGUUGUCGCACAGCAGGAAUCUAUCUUGGCUUUGGAAAAAUUCCCUACUCCAGCAUCUCGGCUUGCUCUCACUGACAUAUUAGAACAAGAGCAGUGCUUCUACCGAGUAAGGAUGUCAGCUUGCUUCUGCCUUGCAAAGAUUGCAAAUUCAAUGGUGAGCACGUGGACAGGACCACCAGCCAUGAAGUCACUCUUUACUAGAAUGUUUUGUUGUAAAACUUGUCCAAAUAUUGUGAAAACAAACAACUUCAUGAGCUUUCAAAGUUAUUUUCUACAAAAGACUAUGCCAGUUGCAAUGGCUUUAUUAAGGGAUGUUCAUAACCUUUGUCCCAAAGAAGUGUUAACAUUUAUUUUAGACCUAAUCAAGUACAAUGACAACAGGAAAAAUAAGUUUUCAGAUAACUAUUAUCGUGCAGAAAUGAUUGAUGCCCUGGCCAACUCUGUUACACCUGCAGUCAGUGUGAAUAAUGAAGUUAGAACUCUGGAUAACUUAAAUCCUGAUGUGCGACUAAUUCUUGAAGAAAUCACCAGGUUUUUGAAUAUGGAAAAACUUCUUCCAAGUUAUAGACAUACCAUCACUGUCAGUUGCUUGAGAGCCAUACGGGUACUGCAGAAAAAUGGACAUGUGCCAAGCGAUCCAGCUCUUUUUAAGUCUUAUGCUGAAUAUGGUCACUUUGUGGACAUCAGGAUAGCAGCUUUGGAAGCAGUUGUUGAUUAUACUAAAGUGGACAGGAGUUAUGAAGAACUGCAGUGGCUUCUUAAUAUGAUUCAGAAUGACCCCGUACCCUAUGUGAGGCAUAAGAUUCUAAAUAUGCUGACUAAGAAUCCACCAUUUACAAAGAACAUGGAAUCUCCAUUGUGCAAUGAAGCCCUGGUAGAUCAGCUUUGGAAACUUAUGAAUUCUGGUACUUCACAUGACUGGAGGUUGCGGUGUGGUGCUGUGGACUUGUAUUUCACACUUUUUGGCCUCAGUAGACCUUCCUGUUUACCCUUACCAGAGCUUGGGUUGGUUCUUAAUCUGAAGGAGAAAAAAGCUGUCUUGAAUCCUACUAUAAUUCCAGAGGCUGUAGCAGGCAACCAAGAAGCUGCGAGCAAUCCAAGCAGUCAUGCACAGCUAGUUGGAUUUCAAAAUCCUUUUUCAAAUUCUCAAGAUGAAGAGGAGAUUGAUAUGGAUACUGUUCAUGAUAGUCAGGCCUUCAUCUCCCAUCAUCUGAACAUGCUUGAAAGACCAUCAACUCCAGGACUCUCCAAAUAUCGACCAGCUAGCUCUCGUUCUGCUUUAAUGCCUCAACAUUCAUCAGGUUGCGAUAGCACAGCUGCCACGAAACCCCAGUGGAGUAUGGAACUUACACGUAAGGGAGCAGGUAAAGAACAAUCGCCUUUGGAGAUGAGUAUGCAUCCAGUGGCAACAGCUCCACUCUCAGUAUUUACUAAGGAAUCUACAUCCUCCAAACACAGUGACCACCAUCACCAUGAGCAUAAGAAAAAGAAGAAGAAGCACAAACAUAAGCACAAACACAAGCAUAAGCAUGACAGCAAAGAAAAGGACAAGGAUCCUUUCACUUACUCCAGCCCUGCCAGUGGCAGGUCUGCUCGUUCUCCUCUCUUUCAGACUGAAAAAGGGACAAAGAGCCCUUUCCCUCUGUGUCCAGAAGAAUGCAUAUAACUAAAGCUUUAUCCUCUAUGGAGAAUGAUAAAAGGCAGGAAAAGAUUUGCUUCUCUUACAUAAAUUCAGAAUCCAUUUAAGUUCUAGACAUUUGAUUUAUAUUAUUUAUACAAUUGAGAUUUAAUUAGGAAGAUGUGUUUUAUGGUUCUGAAUAAACUGUUUCAUCGCCCAUUUCCUACUUAAAACACACAGACACACAGAGCAAACUUCUUUUUACAAAAGCACUCGUAUCCAUUGGGCAGUCCCCAUUCACAUCAUGAUCUCCAUGUGUACUGCCAAAAUCAAUUAUGUUUGAAAGCCUUUGAUGGAUGUUAUGGGGCAGAGUUACGGUUUAAACAGAAGCAACUGCCAAAUCUGUGGUGUAACCACUAUUUCCAGUGAAAUAUUGUAUGACGCCAUUUGAAACUACUGAAAAGACAGAGGCUUUUCUAUAGGAGUCUUCCUCUUGCACUAUUUUUUGUGUUAACAGUAGAAACGAAGCACCAUAAUUUAUGAACAAAGAAUAUGUUGUAUUUCCUUUUAUCCUGAAAUAAUACAAUUUUUGGAAGAAGUUCUUUUUAACAAAAAUUGGAAUAACUAUCUUUUGAUAGCACAUUUGGUGAUUAUGAUGUUGGAAUUUAAAAGAACUACCAAAUCUACAGUUGUUCUCAAAUCAAGAUGCUUAAAUUAUAAGUUUUGUGUUGUCUUCCAUUAUGUAUAAAUGAAUAGGUUCAUAAGUAAAAUGUUUUGUUAGAUGUGGACAAUUUACACACCAACACGUAUUCUUUCUAAAAUAAUAUAACACAAAGUAUGACCUUAAGGUGAGUUUAUAUGUUGUUUAUUAAAUUGGACUAGGACAAUUCAGUCCUCAUGUGAAUGUACCAGAAGCAUUUGCAAACAUGUCAAACAUUUUGAUUUCAUGGUAUAAUAGUUUGUGUGGUUAUGUGUUUUUUAUUUUUUCUUCUGGGUUUACCAUGUGCUUUAUUACUUGUUUAAGAAUGCUUUUUGUAUCUUCGAUUUUUUAUUAUUUCCCAUGUCAUUAAAAAGUUUGACAAGAUACUUGUUCCCUAGAUAUUUCAAAAGGGAUCCAGUAGUGUUAAACUUUUAAGUAUACUUUUAGUUGUAUUUAACUUGUUUAAUAAAUAACUUUUUAAAUUAA